AUGCUCUCUGAUGUCCAACACAUCUUGGAGGUGCCAACGGCAGUUAGCUCUUCUGGCCUCAAGGACACGAAGACUAGUGUGGAACUUUCUGAUGGCAAAAAGGUAUACGGCUGCUUGCUACAGUUCAGUGAUACAAAUGGUUCAUUUUCGCAGAAGAUCCAGAAGGCACCCUUAAACUCUCGAAAACGCCCUGAAGGUAUGAAAAGAGAACUGUUCAAUUUGCUAAUCAACCACAAAAGUGACAUUCCACCAUUGAUUCCAACGAGUUUCGCUCACAAGCUUGGCGGCUACAAAAAUUUAAAGGCGAACUUGGGCUCCCAUCAAGUCCGCCCCUGGGAAUGGUCCCCAUUUACCAAUCCAGCUAGACAGGAUAAUCUGGUGCUGCACCACUGGGCCAGAGUAGAAGACCGCGGCAAAAAGUACCUGUUUUCUCGUUUCAACAGAGUUCUUGAAUUACCAUCAUAUACUUUGGAGGAAUACAAUGAACUGCUAUCUUCUCCGGACUGGACAAAGUCAGAAUCUGAUCACCUCAUGGAGUUAUGUCGCCAGUUUGACAUCAGGUGGCCGGUGAUUUUUGACAGGUGGAAUCCUGAGCUUUUCUCACGUGUACCCACGCUGAAUGAAAUGAAAGAAAGAUAUUAUAAUAUCUGCAACGCUUUAAUUAAGAGCAGAACACCCCCUGGCAAAGAAUCUAAGUUGUUGUGUUUUGAUUCAGACCAUGAGCAACGUCGUCGUGACCAACUAGAAAAGCUGUGGGCUAGGAGUAAAGAAGAGGUGGAGGAAGAACGGAACUUGUUAGAAGAAUUGAAGAAAAUCGAGGCUCGCAAGAAAGAGAGGGAAAGAAAAGCAAAUGACUUGCAAAAAUUGAUCUCAGAAGCUGAUAAUCCGAUUCAGAAGCAAAAGACUAAUGGUAAUCCAUUGGUUAUAAACAAAAAGAGGCUGUUGAAAGUGUCCAACGUCGUUACGGGACCAGCAGAUAGCGUGAGUCAUAUUUCCUGCUGUUUAUUGAUUGCCACUUAUAAUACGGAACCUGCUGGAGGUUUGAAGUUCCCUGACUUCAAAAAUCCUGGAAUUUACUUAAGAAGCCAGAAGAUGAGGCUACCACCAACGUUCGGCCAGAAAAAGGCGAAAAUGAUUGAACAGGCUUUAACGGUUUUGGCUUUGGAACACAACCCGGUCGCCACGGAAGAGAUAUGUGAGCAGUUCAAUAAACUAAGGUCAGACAUUGUCUUACUUUAUGAACUGAAGUGUGCGUUGGCGGUUUGCGAGUAUGAACUGGAAACUUUGCGCCAUCAGUACAGUUCGAUAACAUCGCAGGUACGUUCGCCUUAUAGCGCCGCUUUUACUAUGUAG